UCGUUGUCUGCUUAGUUUGCUUGGUGAAUUUGCUUGUGCAGAAAGUUGAUUUUUUAAUUAAAAAAUUAAGAAAAAAUAUAGAAAAUAUAACAAUAUACAAUGUCUGAGGAAGUCAAAGAAGGUGAAAUGAAAGAGGUUUCUGACGUUCCAUCCGAAAUAAUGGAAUUACCAAAAGAAAGUGAAGAAGAAAAGCCGGGUGUUUCCACUGAAAUGAAAAGUCCAGCAAAGGAUACACAAACAACCGAACAGGAGAAAAUACAAGAAAAUGUGGAGAAAAACACUGAACCAGAGACAUUUCCGGAAAAGGAAAAUGAGGGAACUGGGAACACAUUCAUAUUAGAAAUUCCAGUUGAAGGGGAAGACUUACCGACAAAAGAUGUAGAAUUGCAAGAAACAAUGAAUACAGAUGCUGCAAAAACUCGUGUAGUGUCAGAUGAAAGUCUUCCCCUCGAUAAGAAGGACAUAAAUAAGGAUAAGCAGCUCACAGAAACUACGGAAACUAAGAUAGAUAAAGACACAGAAUCUGCUAAAGCGGAUACAUCAGCUGCUAAUUCUAACAAAGAAGAUCUUACACCUUCAAUUACUCCAGAAGAAACUGAUAACGACGACGCUGUAAAAGUUAAGACACCAAUUUUGCCUGAAACAAUGGAUGAUAUCAAAUCAGUCACCACAUGUGAAGAUAAUGCUGUUGACAUGGAUACCACACAUCAAGCUGAAGAAAGUGCAUUAACAGUGGACAAUAAAGGUCAAGAAGAUUUGGAAGACAAAUUAAUAGAUUCUGGAAAAGUGGACACACUUAAUAUUGAUGCAAACAAGGAUGAUCCAAUGGAUGAAGAUAUAACCAUGGGUCACAGUGAAAAUAUGGACACAUGCGAAUCCCAAGAGUCGACAAAUCUUAUCAUAGAUGAAACUUCGGAAUUGACUGAAAAUACGGAUGAAAGAGAGGAGGUGGAUGAAGGAGGUGAGAGUGGCGCAAAGAAAACAGUCACAGAAGGCAUUGAUGAAUCAAAGGAGCCGACCAAUGCAAACGAAAGUACUCAUGAUAAAACAUCCGAAAGUCACGAUGACGAUGUUAUAACUAUUGAACAACCUCCCAUGCCAGUCAUAGAGAUUGAUGAUGAAGACGAGGAUGAGCCUGAGUCCAAAUCACAAGCUGAUAAUGAAGUUAAACCUAUGGACACAGACGAUGCAACCCCGAAAGAAGCAAGUGGGGCAGAAAACGUGCCAGAGACAAAAGAGGAGGAAAAUCUUUUGUCUAUUGUGGAUGAGAAAUCUAUGGAAGAAAUUAGAAAAGAAAACGAAGAAACUAAAAUCUCCGAAGAAGAACUCACUGAAGACACCACAGAUGAAGUCUUCUACAAUAAAGAAUGUAUUAACUAUGAAUGCCCCCAUAAACAUAAACAAUAUUUCAGGGUACCGCAAUUUGCCUUUAGUUUCUUCAAGGUUAACAAAAAGAAAUUUAAGGUGCAAUAUAUUUGUGCCGAUUGCUAUGACAAGGCCCUAGAUAUGUACGAGGAAUACUGUGGUUUAAUAAGUGCGAAACAACCGCUUUUGCUUCAAAAUAUUCCAAGUGGCCGCCAAGAAUUUGUGGAGAUUAUCGAUAGCAGUGAUGAGGAGGAUGCAUCUGCGGCAAACAAGGAAGUAGAAUCAAGCCAGUCUGCAUUCUCCCAAAAUGAUUUGCUUCUUAUUGAAAGAGAGUUGCACAAUAGCAUCAAAUCUGUAUUGGACCGUGUUGAUAUACAAAAUCAAUUGACCUGGUCAAAGACAAUACUUUCUGAGCGUUUAAAACGCUUAGAAAGGGAAACUGAAUAUGUAGACAAUGAACUAAAGUCUCUGCAACGUAAAGCUGAUAAAAUGCAUGAAGGCCUAUACUCAUGCCCCAAAAUCAAAAUACGCCAACUGCAGCCUUUGGAUUUGAAUAGUGGUCGCGUUAUGAGCCUAGAGGGAUCUCAACAAGAAGUGCAGCCCAUUCCUCCAGUGGGAGAAAUUGAAAGACCUGCCAUACAACUCAAUGGAAUAUAUUAUGCAGUCAAAAACAACGCUAUCGCUAGCUGGGUUCCCUGCAAGGUGGUUGAAUUUGUGGAGGGUGGAAACUUGGCUGUCAAGAAUGUCAAAUAUUAUAGAAUUAAGUUCCUGAAAGCACAAAGUACAACUCUAAAAACUGUGCCCUCAAAGUAUCUGGCAUAUUGUGAUCCUCCGACGGUUAGACUUCCCAUUGGUACCCGUGUAAUUGCCUACUUCGAUGCCACUUCAUUGGCCCGGGGACGGGAAAAAAUCAAUGUUCAAAGUGCUUUCUAUCCUGGUAUUAUAGCUGAGCCCUUGAAACCCAAUAAUAAAUUUAGAUAUUUAAUAUUUUAUGAUGAUGGCUACACUCAAUAUGUCUACCACAAGGAUGUGCGACUAGUGUGCAGCGUUUCGGAAAAUGUUUGGGAGGAUGUACAUCCAGCAUCAAGAGACUUUAUACAAAAAUAUCUUACACAAUACUCUAUAAAUCGCCCCAUGGUUCAAACCCAAAAAGGCCAGUCAAUGAAUACCGAAUCAAAUGGCUAUUGGUUGCAUGCUCGUGUUGUUGACAUUGAUUGCAGUCUGGUUCUUAUGCAAUUUGAGGGUAGUAAAAGUCACACAGAAUGGAUAUAUCGUGGUUCCUUACGCUUAGGUCCCGUAUUCAAAGAAUAUCAAAAAAGCCUGCAAAAAAGUUCAGCAUUACCGGUUUCAAGACUUUCUAGACGCACAGAACCGUUUAUACGUUACACAGAAGAUGAAGAAUCCUCUGCACAACAGCAGCAACAACAACAGCAGCAGCAACAACAGCAACAAACUGAAAAAACAAAUGAAACGAAUAGAGCUGUAGCACGUAAAACUUUUGGACGUCCAGAAUCGAUGAUGAAUAAUACUUCGACAACAUCUGCCCAACAGCCACCAACACCGCCCGUUAAACAUUUGAACAAUUCUACAAUUUAUCUGGAAGAUGAAAAUAAACCCAAAGGAAAGGUUGUAUAUUACACAGCUAAAAGAAAUCUACCACCGCGCAAAUAUAAACCGCACAAAUGUUCUCCAGCAUGUCUCAUCCAAAUUACUCAUAAUUUGAGUGCCUACAGUCCCCUGUCGAAACCUCUUCUCUCUGGCUGGGAACGUUUUAUUCUGAGACAAAAAAUCAAAAAAGUUGUCACCUACCGCGGUCCUUGUGGCAAGAUCAUGAGAAACAUGAAAGAGUUGCGCCAUUAUUUGCGCACAACCAAUAAUACUUUGAAUGUGGACAAUUUUGAUUUUAGUCCUGAAAUCAAUUGCCUGGCUGAGUAUGUUAUUGACAGUGCCAUUGUUCAGAAACGCGACAUAUCCAAUGGCCAAGAAAAAAUGGCCAUACCAUUGGUAAAUUAUUACGACAACACAUUGCCACCUGAAUGUAAAUACUCCGCCAAAGUUAUACCCACGGAAGGUGUUCACAUUAACACCGACCCUGAAUUCUUUGUGGGUUGUGAUUGUGAAGAUGAUUGCUCGGACAAAUCGAAAUGUUCUUGCUGGCAAUUAACAUUGGCUGGAGCCAAAUACGGUAAUCCAAACACUCCGCCCGAUGAAGUGGGCUAUCAAUAUAAACGUCUGUUGGAUCAUGUGCCAACAGGAAUUUAUGAAUGUAAUGCUCGCUGCAAAUGCAAACAGAAUUGUUUGAACCGUGUUGUCCAACAUUCUUUGCAAAUUAAACUACAAGUAUUCAAGACGUCCAAUAGAGGAUGGGGUCUUCGUUGUAUUAAUGAUGUACCACGCGGCAGUUUUGUGUGCAUUUAUGCAGGCCAUUUGUUGACUGAAGCAAAGGCAAAUGAGGGUGGUCAAGAUGCCGGAGAUGAGUACUUUGCUGAGUUGGAUUAUAUUGAAGUUGCCGAACAGAUUAAAGAAGGCUAUGAAUCUGAGGUUGAACCACCAGAGCCUGAGGAGGAGGAACCCUAUCAACCCGACUUAGAUGACGACUUUACACCAAGCAAAUCAUUUUUGACACGGGCCAAAAAGCAAAAUAAAUCAGCUACUUCCAAUAAUGAAGAUUCACAGGAAAGACAAGUUAUUAACUUUAAUCCCAAUGCAGAUAUGAAUGAAGAUUCUGUGAGGGAGAAUUCCAUACGCAAACUCUAUGGCAAGGAUGAGGCUUGCUAUGUCAUGGAUGCUAAAAUAUCUGGUAAUUUGGGGCGAUAUUUCAAUCAUUCAUGUUCACCCAAUAUGUUUGUACAAAAUGUUUUUGUCGACACACAUGAUUUACGCUUCCCAUGGGUGGCUUUCUUUGCUUCCUGUAAUAUACGUGCUGGCACAGAAUUAACAUGGAAUUAUAAUUAUGAAGUUGGCGUGGUUCCUGGUAAAGUUUUAUAUUGCCAAUGUGGCGCUCCCAAUUGCCGUUUACGUUUACUCUAAAGAAUUAAUUUUAUCGAAUGUGAAAUGGAAUUUUUUGAUUUUUAUUUAUAAAAUAUCAGUACCAUGACUGAA